AUGGCUCGGUCUAAAAAGAAACAAUCUGCACCUCAGUUGUCAAAAGAGCCAACACCAGUAGUUUAUUCACUGAAAAAACAAGUAGGACAACAUUUACGGUCAACUUCAAUUUUCAAAAAAUCACCAGUAUAUGAUUUACUUCAUUAUUUUGAAAAAGCACCAGAUCAAUGGACAGCAAGAUAUAUUUUAAUACUUACAGCAGUAAUACUUAGAGCAGCAGUAGGGUUAGGGGGUCAUCUGGGAUAUCAUACACCACCAAUGUUUGGUGAUUUUGAAGCACAACGACAUUGGAUGGAACUCACUAUUCAUUUACCAAUUUCACAAUGGUAUUAUUUUGAUUUACAAUAUUGGGGGUUAGAUUAUCCUGUAUUAACAGCUUAUCAUUCAUAUAUAUGUGGGAAAUUAGGUAAUUUCAUUAACCUGUCGUGGUUUGCCUUGAAUACAUCUCGCGGAUUAGAAACAGAUGAUAUUAGAACUUUUAUGAGAAUCACAGCAAUUAUUAGUGAAUUGAUUAUUUAUAUUCCUUCAAUUUUGAAAAUAGCUAAUAUUUUAGGGAAAAAAUCUAAUAUUAAUCGAAUGGAUCAGAUCAUAAUUGCUUUAAUAAUUAUCAAUCAACCUCAUUUAGUUUUAAUUGAUCAUGGUCAUUUCCAAUAUAAUUCUAUCAUGCUUGGAUUUUUCAUUUAUUCAAUAAUUGAUUUAAUUAAAGGCAAUUUAAUAAUGGCUAGUGUUUGGUUUAUUAGCUGUAUUAAUUUUAAACAAAUGGGAUUGUAUUAUUCAUUAUUUAUUUUCUUUUAUAUUUUAAGUCAAUUGAAUUCCCUAAGUAAAUUUUUUUUGGUCGGAUUAACAGUGGUAAUUACUCAAUUCAUAUAUUUAUUACCAUUUAUAUGGUUUCAUCCCGAUUCAAUCUUGCAAAUUGUCUAUAGAGUAUUUCCAUUUAAUCGUGGAUUAUUUGAAGAUAAAGUGGCCAAUUUUUGGUGUACAACCAAUAUUUUGAUUAAAUAUCGGGAAAUAUUUACUGAUGCUUCUCAAUUAUCAAAAUUAACAUUGAUAGCAACGCUAUUGGCAACAAUUCCAAUUAAUUUAUUGAUUUUCUAUAAAAUAAAGACCAGUAAUAAACCAGUAACAAGAAAAUCAGCAGAAACUACGACGACAUCGUCAUCUUCAUCAUCAUUACCAUUGCAUAUUACCGCUAUGAUUUAUGGGUUUGCAUUAAAUGCAUUAUCAUUUUAUUUAUUUUCUUAUCAAGUCCAUGAAAAAUCAAUAUUAAUUGCAUUAAUCCCCAUUUUGUUAUUAUUGUUAAUAAACCCACAACAAGAUAUAACUAUGAUUCAAUUUAUAAACACAGUGGGUACAUUUAGUUUAUAUCCAUUAUUGAAAAAAGAUGGAUUAAUAAUGCAAUAUUUUGUACUUAAUUUCUUAAUUAAUUGGUUAAUUGGAUUUGAUUUAAUAAUUUUUAAUCCACAAAGGAAUUCAAAUACCAACAAGAAGAACUUGAUCAUUUGGAUAAUUUAUUUCAUGAUGAUUAUUUAUCAUAUUAUUGAUUUUACUAUUGAUCCACCAUUGAAAUAUCCUGAUUUAUGGGUGAUUUUAAACACAACUAUAUCGUUUGUUGCCUUUGGUUAUUUUUGGUUAUGGUUAGUGUAUAGAAUUAUUAAAUUAUAA